GUGAAAACCCAACCUGAAGACCGGACCGCGAGUGGACUGCCAUGGUCACUGCCGCGGUGGAGCACUUCCUGGUGAAAUUCCUGCAGCCCUACGUCGAUGGGAUCGAUGCAAAUGAUUUGCAUUUGUCCCUGUGGAAGGGCAAGCUGGAGCUCACCGACGUGAAGGUGAAGCCUGAUGUGCUGGGUCUCCUUGGCAUUGAAGGUGUUCGAGUGCCCAAGGGCCUGGUGAAGCGGAUCUGCAUCACCCUCCCCAGCACCCGGCGGAUCCUCUCAGGUAAAAUCAGCGUGAAUGUGGAGGGCGUGGAGCUACAUGGCCUGCACCUCAGUGAGGACUCUGAUCAAGAAGCCCUCAGGAAUGUUCGCAGCACCAAGCUCCAGGCGGUGGAGCUGCGGAUGACGCAGCUGAGAGAUCUUCAAAAACGCCAGCAACAGGCGAAGGAAGCCUAUGAUCAGGCCGAGCCUGGAUUUGGUGUAAGGUUUGCCAAGAGGCUCAUCACCAACUUGAGCUUGCAGCUCAUGGACGUCAAGCUGGCCUUCAAUAGUCAGGACCCCCGGGCAGCGUUCGCUGCAGAGAUGUCGUCCCUUGAGGUGAUCUCGACAGACAGCUCCUUCAAGAAGGUUCGACAGGACGAAGUGCUGGAGGAACAGGGUUCGUCCUUGUACAAAGUUCUCAGCUUUGAUGGCUUGAGUUUAUCCUAUGGACAGACUUCGCAGGAGCUCUCGAAGGUGGUGAGCCCUUUGAGGGCGGAGUUGAAGGUGGCACAUGUACCCGAUGAUGGGCUUUUGCGCCUGGAGGUGGAUUUGGCCACCGACAAGCCCAGUCGAAUCGAUUUGAAGAGGUCCCAAGUUGUAGGAGUUUUGGCGCUGAAAAGUGCCUUGAAAAACAAGUGGGACCGCUUGCGAGGGAUGUUGGUGGACCCCCAGGAAGAAGCACGCCUGAUGGCCACCUUGGACGAAUCGAAGGAGAGGUAUUUCAGUUUGUUCCGGCAACAAUGCCUCUCCAGCGUGGACAAGGGCGAGGCAAAAAUUGUGGCUGCGUUGGAACAAAGGGGCCUCAACUUUGCACCGCUUGAACCCAAAGAGAUGAAGGAGCUGGAGACCUUGGAAAAUGUUCUUCCUUUCCAGCUGCUUGCGGCUGCGCGGCAUCGGGCGGAGGACUACCUCGCAGAGCUGGUGAAAAUGGCCACACCGCAGCAGGCGAAGCAGGCAUCUGGCGGCUGGUUUAGUCGAACCUUUUGGCGGCGGGAGCCAGAAGAGUCUCCACUGGACAAGCUGAGCACUGAGGAGAUCUUGAAGGAGUUAAACGAUGGCAAAGCUGAAGUUGAGGUGGUCGAAACGCCACAGAAGGUGAAGGUGGUCCUUUGUGGCGGUCAAGUGUUGUUAGACUUGGAAGAGGACACCCGAACGGGUCCUGCUCUGAAGCUCUUGAACUUAGAUCUCAAGACCACCUCCCUGGCUGUGAAGGUGGAGUCGGCCACUGACCACAGGGGCCAGAGUAGUGCGGACUUCCGGCUGGAUCUUGGUCUGGGCUCGGCGAACGUCUCCCAUCAAGGCAAGCCUUUCCUUCGUCCCAAGGAGGUGGAUAUGGAGAUUCAGCAGGCCCUGGUGCUGCGUUUGGAGAACAAGGUGGAGCCCUCACAGAAUCUCAUGGAGCUGAGUUUGAUCUUCGCGCCACUGGAGAUUUACAUGAUCCCUGGACUGGUGGCCAGCCUCCUGGGCUUUUGGCCUGGCCCACCAGAAGUGGAGAAGGCCGCUGGCGUCUCACUGACACAGCCGACGAUCGUCCGGGAGGAGAUCUCCGCAUUUGCACCUGGGCCAAGCCGAGCUGAGAGGUUGAGGGAUGUGCUGGAGGAGAACGCAUCGAGGGCCAAAGAGUUGGCGGAAGAGGUUUACAAGCGAAUUCCUGACAAGAUUGGUCUCGAAAUUCGCUUGUCCUCUCCCACUGUUUAUGUUCCGGUGGCCGUCGGGCAGGCGAUCAUCACUUUGGGCCAACUGUCCCUCAAGAGCCCUGAGCCCUGCCUCUUUGACAAUCUUCACUUCAACAUCGAUCUGAAUCACACCUUCAUCUCCACCGUGAACCAGAACAAUGAGAGCUUCGAUGUGGUAGAGCCAUUGCCAAUCCACAUCUCUCUCAAGUAUAUGGAGCAGAAAGACUUCUUGUCCGUGAAUGUGGAAGUGAAGGUGGGACAGCUGAGCCUGUCGGCGUCACCGGAGGCGGUGCAGUUGUUGAUGGGUCUCCCCGAGGCCAUGGUGUCGACGCUGACGGUGCCAGUGGAAGUGAAACAGAUUCAGGACCCAGCACCAUCACCACCGCUGGAGAAGCCAGGAGAGGAAGCUGAGAGAGCGUCCUUAAAGACUUUAGACGUCACCCACGUCUUGGGUGAGGACUUUGCCGCGCUCCAGAGGGCUGAGGAGCUGCAGAAGAAGAGGAUGCGAACCACCGUCUCAGUGAGUUUCGAUGACGCCACCUUCGCCUUGUCCGACUCCAUCAUGCCCUUGCUGAGGCUCCGUUUGGAGGCGAUGCCACCUGGGCUUCAUGUCGAGGUGGAAUCCGGCUGCAUGGACUUGAAGUUAGAUGAAGCCAGCCUUGGCGUGGAAAUUCUGAACCCAAGGCACGGUGUUUGGGAGCCUUUUCUGGAACGCUUCGACUUCGCCUUGUCCAUGAAGCUGGCUGAGACAACUAGCCUGAAUUUGAAUGCAUUGGGGCCAUUGCUGAUCAACGUGGUUCCGACCCCGACGCAUCAAAUGCUGGAGCUCCUUCCCUUGCUUUUGGCCAGUCUAAGGCCUCCAAAGCGAUGUGAUCAGUCGGAGAGUCUGAGCUCGGCUGUGGCCAAGACCAAGUUACGGUUGGUGAGCUUGUGGGGUGGCCAGCUGGACCUGUUGUGCAGCAACGGCUCGGGUGCCAAGGCCACGAGCACGACCGUGGGGGUUUACCCCACUGGCUCCAAUUACCUCACGUUGGACGGGCAGGUCUCCCUGCUGGCAUUGCGCCAGUUCAGAGUCCGAGCACCUGGUUCUUCCUAUACCUCCGACCCGCUUUGGUUCGAGCAGAAUGCUGCGGUCAUGGUUCCUGGUUGCCAAGGUGACGUCGUUGCUCAGCUCCUAACACCUCAGCCCGACCAUCGCUUACUGUUCGUCGCACCUCCACUGCGACUCCACAACUGUACAGAUGUGGCCCUGGCAAUACGUUUCCAUGACAGCACCACGAAAGCAGUGGUUCAACAGAUGGACUCUGCCGUCUGCGAUGCUUCCCUGUUGGGCCUGCGUGAACUCCGGCUCCCAGAGGGUGAGCCGAUCAGCGAGAGGAGCACAGAGAAUGAGCUCAUCCUACCUCCAAAUAGCUUGUGCGCAGUGCCCACAGGGGCCAUGGGGCCAAAGACAGGCUCAGCGGCCAGCACCAUCAUCAGUGUCCGGCCUUUGUCCAGUACUUCUUUCAGUGUGCCCACGCUGGUCGGUGCUCAAGCGAUUGAGGGCAUCUCUUGUGCGCAGAUGCACUUCUUGGUGGUGCAAGCGAUUGAGAACAUAGGACAGCAAGCAGGCCUGGAGAAGGUCAAGACCCUGUCGAUUCGUCCGCCGCUUUUGCUGACGAACGCGCUUCCGAUCGGACGCCUGGGUUUGCAGUUCGCCUCCGCCACCGUCACGGUCCCCGCCUUGCAACGUUUGUGUUUCUACGGCACCAGUCUGGCAGAACUCCGUCGAGGCUUAAACUUGUGUGCUCAGCUUGCUGAGGGACCUUGGAGUGGGAAGGAGUUCCUCGCUGGCGACGAUGUGGUUGACACCACCGGGAAUGUUCAGGGAGACGAGGCCAAGGUGCUGGAGCUACGCAUCAGCAGCAAAGGUGCCGCAGCAGCUCUGAACUUGGAGUGCCUGGGCCACGGCGAGCUGCGCUUGAGCUGUCCUCAUUGGCUCUUGGACCGAAGUGGUCUUAAGGAGACCAGCUACGGACGCUUGGAGGUUCAUACCAGAGGGGCUCCUCUGCCAAGCCUGGAGGGCGUCACCCUGCUGCCAUCGGACUGCUUUGAGACUCCUUGCGACUUUGUCAUUCGAGGUCCCAAUGGCUCGGUGGCGGCCAAGUACUCCAUGAAGAUGCCUCCGAACUUCGAGGCCUUCGUUUGGCGAGUCCCCAACGGUUGCCUGGCCUUGAACCUCCAGACUGGCACAGUGCUCAACAGCAGUGUCUUCGGCGCCACUUGUAUGGAGUUCACGCUGAUGCCCCGGCUUCUUCUGACCAAUGCCUCCGACGAGGACCUCCAGAUCGAGACGUCCCAGCGGAGUCAGCUGCGCUUGGCACCUGGAGAGUCCCGGGUGAUGCAUUGGGAGGUGCCAGAAAACACCGACGGCAUUGAUGUGCUCGCGACCACCUUCCGUUUCCGCCCUUCGUAUGCCAAUGCCUUCUCCGGUGCAGUGCUUUGCAGCGACGCCUCAGCGGGGUCCACGCCCUUCUCCCUGACCACGGCACCCGGCGUGGUGGAGGUCUGGAGUGUGGACGUGUCACCUUUGCACGGCAAUCUGGGUGUCUCCAUCCGGAAGGGAUCGGACUUUGCUGCGGUGAACCGCACUGAGGACGUCAGGAUGCAGGUCCAGCCGAUCUCACGCUUCAUUCAUGGAUGUGUCAUCGCGAUUUCCUCUGGUACUGGAGAGAAGGUCAUUGAAGUUGCUCCAGGUGAGAGGCUGCCGAUUGGUUGGGCGACACCUUUUGCUGGCAACCGGUGUCGGGAGGCGAAGGUCACUGUUGGCUCUGAAGAACUGUCCAUCGACCUGCAGCGCACGGGCACGUGGCCCCUGAAAGCGUUGGGACACCGACAUGGAUGGAUCCGCGAAGAGACCACCGGCUUGGCAUUGCGGGUUUCACGCCAUGGCACCACCACGGAGCUGAGCCUGGAGGACAGUGCUGAAAAAGGGGCUGGCAGCCCCCGAAGUGGCGCCCAGGUUUCUGAUGAGAUUUCUGCAUCCUUAGCCUUGCGGGUGAAGCUUGGCCGUGCGGGCAUCUCCUUGAUUGAUGAGAACCCACCCAGGGAGCUUUUCUUCUUCUCACUGGAUAUGUUGCGCCUUGAGUACUUGCAGGACGCCGUCCGAGAUUCCGAGAAGGUCACCCUCUCCGUGUCGGAGGUGCAGGCUAUUUGUCAACUUCCAGAUCGAACAGAUGGGCAGGACAAGGUGAACAUGUUGGACCCGUCACGCUUGCAGCACCUGCCCGAUGCACUCUUCAAAAAUCAGGAGUUCCCAGCGGUGGUCCUGGCAAACCACUCCGCAGGAGGCAAGUCUUUCCUUCAGUUCCAAAUGAUGCGAGAGGCGACUUCGUCCAGGGAUUUGCUGAUCUCCUCUGCUCGCCUGGACGUGGACAAGUUGGACUUCACCUUAGACGAGCGCUGGCUGACCCCUCUGCAGACCUGGCUUAUGCACAUUUCCGGCCAAGGCGGCUUCGACUUGUUCGGAGCUCCGGCGUCGGAGCUGCUGGCGAAAGCGGGGAAGCCGAUCACGGAUGGCUACGUGGCUCCUCCAGUGCCUGCUGUGGUCCAGGCCCAAGGUGUGAAGAUCAGUGCACUGGACACCACCGUUUGGUGCAGCCUGCGGCUGAAGUAUUUGGAAUUCCUUCCAGCCUACAUUCGGGCAGCGGUGAAGGUCUUUUCAGCCAGCAACUACUUCACCUUGGAUGGAGUCUCUUUAGCUUUGCCUGCCAGGGAGUUGGAACCUCACCGUGGAUCCUUGCAGGACUAUACUACAGCGAUCCGCGCUGACUACAGCAGAUCCGUUUUGUCGCAUUUGGCCUCCCUCUUGGGCAAGAGUUCGUUGCUAAACCUGCCAAAGGCACCGCUCAAGCUGGGUGGUGCAGCUGUGGCGCUCAUGAGUGAUGGUUUGACGGAUGUCACCGAGGGCGCGGUGUCCAUGCUCCGGAAUCUCACAAUGGACGAGGAGUUUAUCGAGCGGAAGAACAGAUCCAAGGGCCAAAUCCAAGGAGCUGGUCAAGGCUUUGCUGCUGCUGGAAAGAGCUUGAUGGAAGGUGUGGAGGGCAUCUUUGAUGUGGUCAGGAAGCCCGUCGAAGGAGCCCAGACCGGCGGCAUCUGGGGAUUCGGAACAGGCCUCGCCAAGGGCGCGAUGGGUACCUUAGUGAAGCCGGUGGCUGCGCUGGGCACGGCCGUUGGGGAGGUGGCCGAUGGACUGGCCUCCACCAGCAACCAGCUCAACGUCAAUGAGGGAAGUGAGCGGCGGCGGAACCGCCGGCGUCUGCGGCUUCCACGGCUCCUGUACGGUGAGCUGGGCGAAGUGCGACCCUUCGUGGACAUCGAUGCCCAGCUUUUCCAGAGGUACGGCCAGUUCCUCCAGGGGGUUUGCGAGGUCAUCCCACUGGAGAGGCAAGGCUCAGAUGCUUCACGCGUGACCACAGUGCUGCUACUCUUCUCCCAGAACUUGGCAGUGGCUGCUGCACGAGAGGCCCCACGCAAUGAGCUCACCACCUUGGAGAGGAGCUUCCCAGCACUGGCGGCAGCACCGCAGGAAUCGCUUUUGAAAGAAUUUACAAUGAGUAAGGUCGGCGGCGGCCUUCGGGGCCUUUCCUAUGCAGAUCUUCAGGUCUUUUGGAUUGAAGGCCAAGUGAUGCAUUUGAAGGCCUUGAACAGGGACUUCAAGUUGGACUUCACCAAGGCUGGCCUCCAAGAGGGCGCUCGAGAGGCGUUGCGGGAAGGUUUGCAGAUGGCCAUCGAUGGGCGCCUCCAAGCGAACCGCAGCUGGGCCGAGCUGAGAGCGGCCCUCCGCAACGACGAACAUCUGGCGCGGGUGCGGGAUAUGAAGAUGGCAGCAGAGACAGGACUGAAGAUGAUCGAGACGGAUGCGGCUCGGAUGAGCGACCGGGGUGCCGCUCGCAUCAGGCGCUUGGAGGUCUUCGAGGUGGAGCGCUUCACCUUGGGCUUCGGAUGGGGCACCUGCAAUUGGCCGACAGAUGGAGAGCUUCAGUGGCGUUGGGUGCAGGAGAACGGCAGGAAGCAUCCACAGGUGGAUGAGAGGCUGACCCAAAAGCAAGCAACAAAGGCAGAGGAACCUCCUUGCCAAUUGGGCGGACUCUACAAGGUGAUCGACAAGGUCACGGACAAACAGGGCUGGGUCUACGGCAUGGCUUGGAGCCAACCAGAUUGGAGCCAACACCAGGGUUUGAACCUUCUCAGGAGACGGCGUUGGACCCGCCCCUUCCACUGAGACUCGCGGAACACCUGGAGAGUCAAAAACACCUGGAGUCGGAUCCAUAUCAGGC